UGGCCUGUUGCACUGCAUCCCAUCAAUGAGAGUUUGGAGCACAAAGGGUUAAGCCUUUGAUCCUUUAGGGUUAGGCUGCGUAGCGCUGGAAUUAGCGAUGGACAUAAAACAACGUGCCGCAAGUUGUGGGGGAUUUCUUGUGUUGGGAGCUGGGAGUUGUGAAGCAGAUGCUCCAGCAAAUGAAAGCCCUAAGCUGCGAGUAAUGAUGUCAAGGCACGGGGAUGGUGGUCCACCUCAGCUCCUCCAGACGACUCACUCCUAACACAAUCACACGGUGGGAAGCAUGAAUUGCGCAGCUCCAGCACAUUUCCAUUCAGUCAGCCCGGUCCUUUCCACAGGCAGGAAAAGGCUGCUUCCUCUCCUCUUAUCCCUCACACAAGCCAUCUAAUCAGCGGGAAAGUUUUGAUCCAGGAAUGCCUUGUCUAUUUCAAGGAUGAUAACGGCAGAGUGGGAGUCAGAGGGACUACAAACCGUGGGGAUAGUGAUGAUUAUUUGUGCUUCUCUAAAGCUUUUACAUUUGUUGGGACUCAUCGACUUCUCCGAAGACAGUGUGGAAGAUGAAUUGGAGAUGGCCACAGUGCGGCAUCGCCCCGAGGCCCUCGAGUUGCUUGAAGCACAGACUAAAUUCACAAAGAAGGAGCUCCAGAUUCUCUACAGAGGAUUCAAAAACGAAUGUCCCAGUGGGAUUGUUAAUGAAGACAACUUUAAAGAAAUCUACGCACAGUUCUUCCCCCAGGGAGAUGCUUCAACUUAUGCACACUUUCUAUUUAACGCUUUCGACACAGACCACAAUGGAUCUGUGAGUUUCGAGGACUUUGUAAUGGGACUUUCUACACUGCUACGAGGAACAAUACAAGAAAAGCUUAACUGGGCUUUUAAUUUAUAUGACAUCAAUAAAGAUGGCUAUAUAACUAAAGAGGAAAUGCUUGACAUCAUGAAGGCAAUUUAUGACAUGAUGGGCAAAUGCACUUAUCCCCUUGUUAGGGAAGAUGCGCCAAAACAACAUGUGGAGAAUUUCUUCCAGAAAAUGGAUAUAAAUAAAGAUGGAGUAGUUACUAUAGAUGAAUUUAUAGAAAGCUGCCAAAAAGAUGAAAACAUCAUGUGCUCAAUGCAACUGUUUGAGAACGUGAUCUAGCACAAAGCGCAAGCUCUAAAGAACAGACAUUUUAACUAUUUUGGACAAUAAUUUGAAGCUGCGAUUUCCAUGGUAUCAUCAAUAGACUGUUCAGCUUCAUACAAAGUCAUAUCUUAUGCAAAGUAGCUUUUAUAUGAUGCCUUCCAGAAUAAUCAGGUUCCAUAGUGUUCAGGAUUUAUUUUCAUGCUUUAUAUGUUCAACAAUUUAAAGGUAUUGUUUGACAUUCUGCUCUUCUUGGGUUACAGUCUUAGGCCAAUCAAUGUCAGCAUUUUCUUAUUCCAUUGUUACUUAUUGUUCAUAUGCUUAUUUAUUUCUUAUUGGUAGAUUUUAUUUAUUUUGGUUAUGAAAUUAAAAUAUAGGUCUCUCUAUCCAUGACAA